AUGUAUCUUUUCAUUGCACUUACUAUUUUAUGCAGGGUUGCUGCAGAUGCAGAAUGGUGCUAUCAGUCACAGGUAACUUGCGACAACUCUUGCAAAGGACCAGAAGAGUGGAAAACUGUUUUCUCAGAGUGUGGAAAUAGAAAACAAUCACCCAUUAACAUAGUCACAACUCAAGUUCUUGCAGACCAUCGACUGACCCCAGUACAGUUUACAGGCUACCAAAAGACAUUGAGAAGUGUAAUUAAGAACAAUGGACACUCAGUGCAACUAAACCUGCCGGACAGUGCUGUUAUUAAUGGGGCCGACUUAGGAGCUUCUUACAAAGCCCAACAAUGUCACCUGCAUUGGGGAACGAGUGGUGGACCUGGAUCAGAACAUACUAUAGACGGAGAACAAUAUCCCAUGGAGCUUCACAUUGUCCAUAUAAAAGAAAAUUACAGUUCACUGGAGGAGGCUGUUGGUGAUCCUUUGGGAGUGGCUGUUCUUGGAUUUUUUUAUGAGGAAUCAAAAAGUGACAAUGAAAAAUAUCAACCCAUCAUAAAUUCUCUGAAUAAUAUUACACUUCCUGGGACCAAUGUAACGCUUGAAGGUUUGUCAUUAGAAAUGCUCAUCCCAUCCUUUGAUACCUUGGGGAAAUAUUUUCGUUACCAGGGGUCCCUUACCACUCCAGGCUGUUCUGAAGCUGUAGUCUGGACAAUAUUUGAGCAAACCAUACCUCUCAGCAAACAGCAGCUUUCAGCAUUUUCACAUCUGCAGUUUCACAAUCAGACUGCUAUGAUAAACACAUAUCGACCCGUUCAGCCACGGUACGGGCGUGAGGUGUAUCACUCUGGGAGUUAUGUUUUCUGUGUAAGCACUGCCUUAUUGGUCAGCUCUGUUUUCUCUUUCUUAUGGUUUGAUUUUUGAGAGUUUUGUAUUAUUAAGCAUUUGCGUUUACAAGCAUUUAGGCAAGUUAUGUAUUAUUUACUAAUGUUUGCCAAGUUAAAUAUAAAGUCAAAUGUAACUUUAUUGCAGUAUAUC